GGCUACUUCCGGUCGUCUUGGUGUUUUUAUGAGGCUAAUGCUGCUUAUUAAAGUGUGGCGCGUCGCCGCCCCGCGCGUGUCCUGCUGACUCUGAGUGAGGAGGUGAGCUGUUGUGAACGCGGGGUUAGUCAGGCAGCUUUCUGUCUCUCUCGCCUCACUCAAAGCUCAGAGGCGGCAAGAAAGACAUGGGCUGUCACAAUAGCAAAGUGUGUGUCCACGUCCGCCGUAAAAAGAAAAAACAAGCAAAGAAUGAAACCUGUCUAAAGGAGAUCAGCAGCGCUCAUGAUGGAAGUGGAAAAUGCUCAUCUGAGGAGAAGGACUCUGGUCCAGAGUCACUGCUGGAAAAGUAUGAGUGGCAGCUGAAAAUCUUGGAUGAGGUACUAGCAGCUUCAGGAAGUGAAGAGCGAGACCAGCUUCUGAAGGAUCAUCAGCAUGGAGACCUCUGUGUGCUAGUGCGCACUAUCACUGAGAUGGUGAAGUCUGAGACAGUUGCUGAGCUCAAUGCUGUUCAUGAGAACCAGAUGAAGAUUUCUACAGAACAGCACCAAAAGGAAGUGGAAGAGAUGAAAAACCUUCACAAUGAAGAGACGAACGCUUUGCAGGAAACGCACACAGCGGUUGAAAGUGCUCUAAAGGAGCAGAUUGAGCAACUGACGGCGGACCUGAAGCUGUUCACAGAGUUAAAGCAGCGAGUAAAGGAGUCCACACUGAAAAGAGACCUUCAGAGAAACAUACAAACUCAUGGCAGCCCGGGUGAAUUCUGGGAGCAGGAACAGGAGAGUCUGCUAAUUGUCAUAGAGAUGAAGAGCGAGCGUUUACAGGAGCAGGGAAGCAAGCUGCGGCAGAUGGAGGCCCUGGUUGAAAAGAAUCUGGCUUUGGAAGACCAGGUACUACAGGUUCUACAGCAGAAUGAGGACCUCAGAGUUCGAAUAGACAAUUAUCAAACACUAAUACACCAACUGUCCAAGGAGCAGAAUGAGCUGCAGGAGGCGCUGGAGAAGCAAACAUUGCAGAGCCAGAAACUCAGUCAGGAGAAAGAAGAGUUGCUCUUUAAACUCCUUCACAGACGGGACUCGUGCUCAUCUUUUCACAUAUCUGCCGUAGUGUCUGCUGAAACUUCCCCAAGCUGACCUGUUCUCAGCUCCACCAUCUCACACACUGGACUCCACUCACCACAGCCUUGUGUGUUUAAACUCCAGAGUUAAGCAACCUGUGCCUCUCAGUUUUAGCCUGCUGCUGAUUUCUUUCCAAAUAACUGUUUUACGGAAACUGUGGUUUUUAUGCCAUGCUGAAAGUGACUUGUUACAUGAGUUUUGCAUAUACGCAACCUCUGUGUCACAGUUGGGAAAUCAAUCUGACAGAUUUUUUUGUAUUUUAGUUUGUUUUUUUUAUAAUUUUUUUAAUCUUAGUACAAGUAAUACGUUUCAUUUUGGAAUAACAAUGGAUCAAUCUACAUUUGUACUGUAUAUGUGUAUUAUGUUAUUGUACAUGUGGGGUUUGCUAAGGAAUUUAAAAUAUUGUUUUCCCAACAUACCUGAUCCACCCCAUAAAGGUUUUGAUGAUGAAUAGUUGGAUGAGGUGUGUUGGUAGGAAAAACUCCAUUGUGAAGGGUAGAGGGUUCUGAGGCACUGGAGUGAGAACCGAUGUUUUGUGAUAUGUUACUGGAAAAUGUGUACCACAUUGUUAUGGUUAUAUUUAGCAUAAGGUACCGGUUGUUCCAGGAAACUGAUAUCGGAUGAUGCUUUCUGUUUUUUGUUUUGUUUUUUUUUUCCCCUCACCCAAUGGUCCUUUUUCCAUUUUUGCCUUAGAAAAUCCAAAGCACUUGUAAGUGUAUUUUAAAGAGUAGAUUUUUCUUUCUGCUUUUCAGAUGCACUGGCACUUUUACAACAGUAUUCAUAUAUAUGUAUGUUUUUGUAUAAGCAAUAUUGUGGGCUUUUAUAAGUUGCUGGCACAUGUAAGACCAGUUUGUUUGCAUGUUUAGACUUGGACAAGUUCAUUAGUGUAAAUUCUGAGCACAUUGAUCUUUUGUUAAUUGAAAUAUGACUAGUGAGUUACUGUUGUUUUGGGUCUUUUAGCGAGUAAGUGACUGUCAGCUAGGAGAAAAUCUAACUUUACAACAUGUGUAGAGCACCGUUGGGCAGAUGCUGAAGGACCACUGCUGCAGAUUUGUGUUCAGAUGUUGCUCAGAGUGAAGGUGUGUAUAUUGUCCACUCUCAUUUUCUUCUUUGUGGCCCAUUUUUAUGUUCUGUUGUAUGUUUACCUCUGAACAAGUGCCUUUUUGCUAGGGCUUCACAAAGAAAGGCUGAAUAAAAGCUGCAUCUGAGGUA